UUAAGCAUCAGUUGAAGCGUCUCCACUUCUCAACAUUGCUCUUGAAUCUUGAUCUUAAUUCUUACGUGUAUCAAAGUUAAGGCUAAGACAACCAUGGCAUCUGCCCAAGUCCUUAAUGGUGAAGAACAAGCUAUUUUCGACGAGCUGAUAUCGGCAACAUUAGGAAAAGCUGACGUUAAUAGUGAACCUAUAAUAAGAUUGGUUACUUUGGGUUUCAUAAAAAAUUAUCACAAGGAUAAGUUAGCAUUGCAAAUCAUUGACCAACAUGAUUGGUCUGGAGAGCCAGCGAAGCCUUACCCUCAGGUUAUUCCAGCUCAGGUCGAUCCGGUCGAGUUCAGGCACCUAGGGCCUGUUCCACAAGGCUCUAAGGCGGGGGUGGUGUAUGCUGAUGGAACAGACUCUACUGCACGGAAAUGGCUUGUGGCUUUUGACGGCCAAGCUAAGAAGGUUUAUGUAGAAGCUGGGCCAAUAGGACCAGUUGAUUGGAAUGUAAUUGAAGUUAAGCUUGAUGCAUCUGAGGAUGUUAGUAAGUACCAAGACCCAAUUUUGGGUGGCAAGGCCGCAGCUACAUUCAAGGGUUACCGUGUGGCUGUAUUGUUCUCUAAUUAACUUGUGCUAUCUGCGCUCGAUAGUCAACUGUCUGCACUUAAUUAGGCUCAUGUAACUCAUGUUACAGUCUACAAGUAGGCGUUAUAAGAUAAGCUACUAGCCUACUAUUAAUAAAGCCCUCUUGCUAUGUUUGUAAUAAAGCACGCAUUUUUAUGCUACGAUUAAUUGUAUGUUCAUUUUCUUAUGAUUG